ACUUAUUGGUUUUGGUCUUUUUAUGUAAAUUUCUCUUAUUUUCUUAUUUUGGAAAAGCAAAUAAAUUCUACUCUCCGAAGAUAAAUGAUUAGUUCUUAUUGAAAAGUGAAAUAUUAACUUCAUAUGGAAUACAUAUGGAUUAGAGAGUUAAGUUUGGCUCAACUAACUCUUCGUAUUAAAUUUGUAUAAUAACGAGUUUAUUGGACUCUUAAUUUAUUGUUAAGAAGAGAGUUUAACUUUUUAAAGAGUCCAACUUGGAGGUGCUCUUACUUGUAAUGUAAAUCCUAAAAGUCCAUCGCUGGCUGCUUCACCUAGUUGUAGUAACAAAAGACACUGAGAAAGCUGUAAUGAACCAUGGGAGGGAUUUAAUGAGUUUGGCAAUAACUUUUGAGUAUUUGGUUUAUAGGCUUUUCAGGUGGUUUAACUGAAAGCAUUCUGUAAAGGGUGAAAGUCUCACAAUGGAUAUUGAUCUUAGGUUACCUUCUGGUGAACAUUAUAAAGACAAUGAUGAACCAAAUGGAAUUGACAAUAUGUUGAACGAAGAAAAGCUUCAUAUUGGAGACCUAGGGAGUGGAAAUAUUGUUGAUGUUGCAGAAGAGGUUCACUCAAUGGAAGGUGGGGGCAUGACUUCAUCAAUGGUAGAAUUCAAAGAAGAAACAAGUCUUGAGCCACUUUCUGGUAUGGAAUUUGAAUCGCAUGGGGCAGCAUAUUCAUUUUAUCAAGAAUAUGCUCGUUCUAUGGGAUUCAAUACAGCAAUACAAAACAGCCGACGUUCAAAAACAUCAAGGGAGUUCAUUGAUGCAAAGUUUGCUUGUUCUAGAUAUGGAACAAAGCGAGAGUAUGACAAGUCCUAUAACCGACCACGUGCCAGACAAAAUAAGCAAGACUCUGAAAAUGGAACUGGUCGCCGGUCAUGUUUAAAGACAGACUGCAAAGCAAGCAUGCAUGUUAAGAGAAGGCCAGAUGGAAAAUGGGUUAUUCAUAGUUUUGUGAAGGAGCACAACCAUGAGCUUUUACCUGCCCAAGCUGUGAGCGAACAAACAAGAAAGAUGUAUGCUGCAAUGGCUAGACAAUUUGCUGAAUAUAAAAAUGUUGUUGGCCUCAAGAAUGACCCGAGAAACCCAUUUGAUAAGGGUCGGAAUUUGGCACUGGAAGCUGCUGAUGCUAAGAUAUUACUUGAUUUUUGCACACAGAUGCAGAAUUUGAAUUCCAAUUUCUUCUACGCCAUAGAAGUGGGUGAGGAUCAACGUCUAAAGACUUUAUUUUGGGUCGAUGCCAAAAGUAGACUGGACUAUGUUAAUUUCUGUGAUGUUGUCUCCUUUGAUACUACCUAUGUUAGGAACAAAUAUAAAAUGCCUCUUGCGCUUUUUGUUGGAGUGAACCAACACUAUCAGUUCAUGUUACUUGGAUGUGCUCUGCUAUCAGAUGAAAGUGGAAUGACUUAUUCUUGGCUAAUGCAGACAUGGCAUAGAGCAAUGGGUGGGCAAUCUCCCAAAGUUAUUAUCUCCGAUCAAGAUAAAGCUUUAAAAUCUGUUAUAUCAGAUGUCUUUCCAAAUGCUUAUCAUCGUUUCUUUUUGUGGAGCAUCUUGGGAAAGGUAACUGAAAACUUGAGUCAAGUAAUUAAACAGCAUGAAAAUUUUAUGGCCAAAUUUGAAAAAUGCAUCUUUAGGUCAUGGACAAAUGAUGAGUUUAUGAAAAGAUGGUUGAAGAUUCUUGAUAGAUUUGAACUCAGAGAGAAUGAAUUGAUGCAAUCAUUGUAUGAAGAUCAUGAAUUGUGGGUACCAAUCUACAUGAAGGAUGCUAUUUUGGCUGGAAUGUCAACUGCGCAGCGAUCUGAGAGUAUAAACUCUUACUUUGAUAAGUAUGUACAUAAGAAGACCACUGUACAAGAGUUUCUGAAACAGUAUGAAUCAAUUCUACAAGACAGGUACGAAGAGGAAGGGAAAGCAGAUUCCGAUACUUGGAACAAACAACCAGCAUUAAAAUCUCCAUCCCCUUUAGAAAAGAGUGUCUCUGGGGAAUACACACAUGCAGUAUUUAAGAAAUUUCAAGUUGAGGUCUUGGGUGUAGUUGCUUGCCACCCAAAAAUGGAAUCCCAAAAUGAGACAAGUGUUAGUUUUAGAGUUCAAGACUUGGAAAAGCAGCAAGAUUUCACUGUUGUAUGGAAUCAAAUAAGGCCAGAAAUUAAUUGCAUAUGUCGAUUAUUUGAGUACAAGGGUUAUCUCUGUCGACAUGCUCUGGUUGUACUUCAGAUGUGUCAACAGUCUGCUAUUCCAUCCCAGUAUGUUCUAAAGCGGUGGACAAAAGAUGUGAAGAGCAGACAUUUUCUGGGGGAAGAAUCUGAACAGGUACAAUCUAGGGUGCAAAGGUACAAUGAUUUGUGUAAACGGGCAUUGAAAUUGAGUGAAGAGGGAUCAUUGUCUCAAGAGAGUUACAAUAUUGCAUUUCAUGCUCUUGAAGAGGCUUUUGGAAAUUGUAUCAGUGCAAAUAAUUCUAGCAAGACUCUUGCAGAAGCGGGUACCUCGGCUGCUCAUGGUUUGCUCUGCAUUGAAGAAGAUAAUCAGAGUAGGAGUUUGAACAAGACAAUUAAGAAAAAAAAUCCAACUAAGAAAAGAAAGGUGAACUCAGAGCAGGAGGUUACAGCUGUUGGGGCAGAAGACAACUUGCAACAAAUGGAGAAAUUGAACUCAAGAACAGUAACAUUAGAUAGCUAUUAUGGAGCGCAACAAAGCGUGCCAGGGAUGGUGCAACUGAACCUGAUGGCUCCAACACGAGAUAAUUACUAUGGGACUCAACAGACCAUGCAGGGGCUGGGACAGUUGAAUUCGAUAGCACCAAGCCAUGAUGGCUACUAUAAUGCACAGCAAAGCAUCCAUGGAUUGGGGCAAAUGGAUUUCUUCCGUACACCAACGGGUUUUGCUUAUGGAAUUAGGCAGGAUGAACCCAAUGUAAGAACUGCACAGCUGCAUGACAAUGCAUCGAGACAUGCAUGAAGAGAACCUUGAUCACUAUGAAGAUAAGGAGGAAGAAGAUUUGUUUUUGUGGUGCAGACUGAAGUGAAGAAAGCUGCUUUAGUGUUUGUAAAAUAAGAUAGCAUAGGACUCAGAGUUUCACCGUUUAGUGAAAUCCCUGCUUAUAUUAUUGUAAUAGUAAAAUAUUUUAGAUGAAUUGGGUCCUUCCAUUUUAGCUAAACCAAACCUUAUUUAUACUAAAAAUGGAGUUCCACGAUGUAGAUAAUCUGAUUUUCCCA